AUGGAGUUCUCUCUCCGGUUUUCAACGAGCACAGCAACCGUCAUUUUUGCUGUUGUACUAACAUUCCUACUGAAAAUCUUGAAACCAAAGGGUGGAAAGAAAGGAAAGAACAGAGCCCCACCUCAAGCAAAGGGCAAAUGGCUUGUAAUCGGACACCUACAUCUUUUAGGUUCAUCUGGAUUACCUCACAGGGUGUUAGCUAAAUUGUCAGAAAGAUAUGGUCCUAUCUUCACCAUAAAGCUCGGUGUUCACAAUGCUUUGGUAGUGAGUAGCAGCGAGAUAGCAAAAGAGUGCUUUAAAGUAAACGACAAGGCCUUUUCAAGUCGACCCAAGUUGAUGGCAGUGGAACUCAUGGGCUAUAACUAUGCCAUCUUUGCUCUUGCUCCGUAUGGGGACUAUUGGCGACAAGUGCGCAAGAUCAUCAUGCUCCAGGUUCUCUCUCCAAAACGAGUUGAGAUGCUUGCGCCUAUUCGAGUUUCAGAGCGUAGAGCAUCCACGGCCGAGAUAUAUGAGGCUUGGUUAAAGAAUAAAGAGAGUACAGGAUCAGUCAUGGUGAAGCUGGAUAUGCAACAAUGGUUUGGGACCUUGAUAUUAAAUGGUCUUUUAGGGGUUGUUGCUGGAAAGAGGCUUUCGCUCAAUGAUGAAAAAGGGGGUUUCGACAUAGGAGGAUACGAGAGAGAUAUGAAGGAAACUGGAAAAGAGAUGGACGAGAUCUUUGAUGGAUGGUUAGAGGAGCAUAAAAGAAAGAGAAAGUCUAAGCAACAAGAUGAAGGCAACCAAGUCCUUAUGGAUGUGCUGAUUUCCAUUGUUGAAGGUGCUUCCGAAGAGGAAUUCCCCGGUCAUGACCAUGAUACCAUAAUCAAGGCCACAUGUUUGACCAUGCUAAUUGCUGGAUUGGAGACAACAGCUGUGACUUUAACAUGGUCUUUGUGUUUGUUGCUUAACAACCCAAGAACUAUAAAAGUUGCCCAAGAUGAAAUUGAUGAGCAUGUUGGAAGGAAUAGGCCUGUAGAAGAGUCAGACCUAAAGAACUUAGUCUACAUUGAUGCUAUCUUCAAAGAAACAUUGCGUUUAUACGCACCUGGACCUCUAGGACUUCCUCAUGAAACCAUGGAGGAUUGUGUUGUUCAGGGCUACAAAAUCCCCAGUGGAACACGUUUGCUGUUAAACCUUUGGAAAAUCCAUCGUGAUCCUAAGAUAUGGCCAAAUCCGGAAGAAUUUAAGCCUGAAAGAUUCCUGACAACUCAUAAAGAUAUUGAUCUCAAGGGAAGCCAUUUUGAAUUGCUUCCUUUUGGUAGUGGAAGAAGAGUGUGCCCUGGUAUUUUAUUUGCUCACCACGCUUCGCGUUUAGCGUUAGCUACUUUAAUACAACAAUUUGAGAUGAAAACCCCAGGAAAUGAACCCGUUGAUAUGGAUGAAAUCUUUGGAGUGACUUGCAGCAAAGCAACCCCACUUGAUGUUCUCCUCUCCCCUCGUUUGUCACUUGAUAUGUACCCUGUUGGUGCAUGAUAUAUUAUUUUCCUAAAACAAUUAUUGUUGGUAACAAUCGUUGUUUGUGCUAUUUUCUGUUGUGAUGUUUUUCGUAUGUGUACUAGGUUUCUUUGUUUAUUUAUCUUUGAUUUACCUCGUAACUUGACGUCGCCAUAGUAGAUGUAGAUGUGGAUGCGUAUGGACCACAUGUGAAAGUGGGUGACAUGUUAAAUAUUACAUAAAGAAAAUUAGAACGUGGC